UUUUUUACGGUCCUCACAGGGCUUUAUAUAUGCUGUGGAAGGUGGUGGCAGUAGCAGGGUUACUGUGGGCUCGCAGCCAUGAGGUGGAUAAUCCUCUUUCCUCUUGCCCUGGUAGCUGUCCAAGCUCUAUCAAAGGACCACGAAGAUGUAUCAAAGGAGGACCAGUUUGUAACAUUGAAUGACAAUGACGGUCAAUCGUACAACGAACUAAUGGAUCAAGUGAUUCAGCUGGCCGCGAAAUAUGGAGGGACAGGACACGUACAAAUAAAUUAUCACCCACCUUUUGAAGAAAAAAAGACGCCAAUGGCUUUGUACGAAACCAAGCUAACUUCUACAACAACAUAUUUGGGCCGUCUUCACUUCAACUACGUUGGAGGAGAUAUACAUCAAGGACACAGACAUGGAAACAAAAACAAAAAUAAACCUGGUAAAAGUAAGACUAAGAAAGAGAAAGUAAAGGUUCUUGAUAAAGUAAGUUGAUAAAUGAUUGUUUCUUAUUAUAAUAAUACUAGCUACUUGUUUUACAUUUGAUGGGUCGACGUUUGGCCACUAUCUCGCCUGAUGGUAAGUGAUGAUGCGGCCUACGAUGG